GGAAAGUUUCACUCGUGGAAAAAAAUAUUUCUUUUCUUUCUUCCUUUGCUUUGCCUUUAGUAAAUUCACGUUCUUGCAACUUUACGUGCCUAGUGCGGCGAACGGUUUACAUCAAAUACGAGGAAGAAUGCGAAAACGAGAUAAACGAAGGCUCAUGACUGACAAUACUAUGCGAGCGAAAGGGAUUUAAGACUGGAAAGCGGUGAAAAUGGCGACAGAGGAAUGCCAAUGGAAAUCAGGGUUGCAUUGAUGAAAGGUGUGUUUUCCAAUAUUUUCCAUUGUAACUGAGCGCGAAAUUUGUCUUUUCGAUCGAAAUUUUAAUUUCGCACUAAUUACAAAAAUUUUGCUAAGUUUAAAUAAUUAACCGUGUGUAAGUGAAUGCAAAUCAAAGUUUAACAUGGAAGACUUUCAAAAAAUAGAAAAGAUUGGCGAAGGUACAUAUGGUGUGGUGUAUAAGGGACGCAACCGAGUAACUGGUCAAAUAGUUGCCAUGAAAAAGAUUCGUCUAGAGUCUGAUGAUGAGGGAAUUCCAUCGACGGCAAUAAGGGAAAUAUCCUUACUGAAAGAACUUAAGCAUCCAAAUAUUGUUUGCCUAGAAGACGUGCUGAUGGAGGAGAACAGAUUGUACUUGAUAUUUGAAUUUUUAUCUAUGGAUUUGAAGAAAUAUAUGGAUUCAUUGCCACCAGAAAAAUCAAUGGAAACGGAGUUGGUUCGAAGCUAUUUGUAUCAAAUAACAAAUGCAAUUUUAUUUUGUCACCGACGCCGCGUUCUUCAUCGCGAUUUGAAGCCACAAAAUUUACUCAUUGAUAAGAAAGGUGUAAUUAAGGUUGCAGACUUUGGACUUGGUAGAUCAUUUGGAAUACCAGUCCGCAUUUACACUCAUGAAAUCGUGACCCUCUGGUACAGAGCACCAGAAGUGUUGUUGGGUUCACAGAGAUACUCAUGUCCAGUAGACAUUUGGUCAAUUGGUUGCAUAUUCGCCGAAAUGGCUACAAGGAAACCACUUUUCCAAGGCGAUUCCGAAAUCGACCAGCUAUUUAGAAUAUUCAGAAUUCUAAAGACGCCUACUGAGGAGACAUGGCCAGGUGUUACAUCGCUGCCGGACUAUAAAAACACCUUUCCGUGUUGGUCGACAAAUCAACUUACUAACCAGUUGAAAAAUCUUAAUGAUCGCGGUGUUGAUUUAAUUCAAAAAAUGCUUAUUUAUGAUCCUGUUCACCGCAUCUCUGCAAAGGACAUUCUUGAACACCCAUAUUUUGACGGAUUUAAAAUGAAAUUUAUAAAAAAUGAGAACGAAAAAUAAGUCAUUUAUUUAAAAUUUUAAAAUAUUUUAUUAUACAUAAUUUAAUGUGUUUAUCCCAAAAUAAAUAAUAACAAAAAUAGUAAA